AUGAUUAUUAAAGCAGUCAUUGGGCUCAUUAUUGCAUUUGCUUUGACACAAAGCGGUCGUAAACUUGCUUCCCAUGUCAUCAUGGGAGGUAUGCAAACCCUUAUCUGUUAUUUGCCAUUCCAGAGACGACUCAGGAUAGUGCAAGAGCUUUUCAUGGUUCCUAUUCCUAAAGGGCGUCGUAGACUCGAGCGAUUUCGUAGCCCAUAUGGAUAUCAAUGGGAUUCAAUCGUCAAAGUGGCGGAUAGGGAUGAUGGUGCUCAAGGUCACUGGUUCAUUCCAAAUGUUCACAAGCAAGGAGGGUUACCAUGGGCCGAAAAGACUGCUAAUGACGCCGACUUGAUCAUUAUGUAUUUUCAUGGUGGCGGAUACUCCCUUGGGCACUCGCUAAUGAAUACAACGGCAUAUUUGCACAUGGUUGAGCGAUUAAAAAUCGUGCACGGCAUUCAAGCUCGUGUCUUUGGUGUUGACUAUCGCAUGUUUCCUGAUGUCCAAUGGCCAACACCACGAGAGGAUUGUGAAAAGGCAUAUAGCUACAUGGUGCGAGACUUGAAAGUUGAUCCAUCCAAGAUCAUCAUCGGUGGUGAUAGUGCAGGAGGUCAUUUGGCGUCAACCUUAUUACUGCGUAUCAAGGAUCAACUCCAUCGCGACGACAUUAAGAGGGAUGAUCAUGUCGACCCGCUGCCUAUGCCUAAGGGUGCCAUUAUGGUAUCACCAUGGGUGGAUGUCAAAUCCAAUUCGCCAACAUACACUUCCAAUGCGAACAAGGACUGCCUUAUCAUUCCUCCAAAUCAAAAUCAUGCAUAUUGGUUUGUACCAGAUAUUACCCACAAGAGUCCCAAAGAACAGGAGGCUUUAGCCAUGGAUCCUGAUCUCUCACCCGUGUUUGGCGAUUACAAUGGGGUAUGCCCAAUGAUUGUGACCUAUGGCGGUCACGAGUUGUUUGCCUAUGAUAUCGAGCGAUUCAUCAAGCGACUUAAAGAGGGCCAUGUUGAUGUCAAUGUAGUGUCACGAGCCGAUGCUGUUCACAUUUGGGCGUUGGAGCGAUUCGUGACACAAAAUCACCAGAUUUGGCUGGAAGGCAUUAACAAGAUCACUGACUGGUGUGCAGCAAGCAUACGUCAACAAUAA